AUGAGGAGAGUCUAUCUGCAUUUCUACUUCGCUUUGGUUCACGACGCAAUGGCACGUGAAACGACAUUGAAGCACCGCUCUACCGGACUCGAGCUCGCUGAAAAGCACUACCGCGCUGCCAUCGACAUUCUCACACCAAGCGAGCCGUACAACUUGGAAGAACUCCUCUCACCGGCUUCACCCUUGUCUGAAUACAUGCAAACUACUCAGUUCCGACGCAUCUCUCGUCUUUCAUUCCGUUCAGCAGCAUCCAGUGCUGCAAGCGACGAUGAAGACAGAAACUGGGACCGAGUCGACAGUCCCUACGCUGAUCACACACCCUCACGUUCUUCUUCCUUCCGAACCGGGAGGAAGUCACGACCCGCCCCAAUUACGACCAUCAACGCCUCUCGAGCAUAUCACGAGGAGCAGUUUUCGGCUGAGCUGUUUGAUCUUCUGUCUAUGCUGCACGCCCACUUGCACGGCGUCAAGCAGCUGAAGUCUAAUACGUCGAAUCCGCGUGGCUCCUUCGCACGCUCGCGUACCUCGACUUGGAGCUCAAGACCCGAGAGUCGCGACUCGUCGACUUGCAGCGAAAGCGAGAUGGAUCAGCUGCGCUCGAUUAGGAAGAACCUAAGCUUCCGUCCGAGGUUCGACCCAUCUAGCAUACAGAGGUUGUGCAAUGAGGCGCUUGCUGAGCUUUGA